AUGGAGGAGGAGGAGGAGGCUGAUCACAGUAGAGAUACUGAAGACAGUGUGGUGGUGGAGGAGGAGGAGGCUGAUCUCAGUAGAGAUACUGAAGACAGUGUGGAGGAAGAGGAGGAGGCUGAUCACAGUAGAGAUACUGAAGACAGUGUGGUGGAGGAGGAGGAGGAGGAGGCUGAUCUCAGUAGAGAUACUGAAGACAGUGUGGAGGUGGAGGAGGAGGAGGCUGAUCACAGUAGAGAUACUGAAGACAGUGUGGUGGAGGUGGAGGAGGAGGCUGAUCACAGUAGAGAUACUGAAGACAGUAUGGAGGAAGAGGAGGAGGAGGCUGAUCUCAGUAGAGAUACUGAAGACAGUGUGGUGGAGGUGGAGGAGGAGGCUGAUCACAGUAGAGAUACUGAAGACAGUGUGGUGGUGGAGGAGGAGGAGUCUGAUCACAGUAGAGAUACUGAAGACAGUAUGGAGGAGGAGUCUGAUCUCAGUAGAGAUACUGAAGACAGUGUGGUGGUGGAGGAGGAGGAGGCUGAUCACAGUAGAGAUACUGAAGACAGUAUGGAGGAGGAGGAGGCUGAUCUCAGUAGAGAUACUGAAGACAGUGUGGUGGUGGAGGAGGAGGAGGCUGAUCUCAGUAGAGAUACUGAAGACAGUAUGGAGGAGGAGGAGGAGGCUGAUCUCAGUAGAGAUACUGAAGACAGUAUGGAGGAGGAGGAGGAGGCUGAUCUCAGUAGAGAUACUGAAGACAGUAUGGAGGAGGAGGAGGAGGAGGCUGAUCUCAGUAGAGAUACUGAAGACAGUAUGGAGGAGGAGAAGGCUGAUCUCAGUAGAGAUACUGAAGACAGUGUGGUGGUGGAGGAGGAGGAGGCUGAUCACAGUAGAGAUACUGAAGACAGUAUGGAGGAGGAGGCUGAUCUCAGUAGAGAUACUGAAGACAGUAUGGAGGAGGAGGAGGAGGCUGAUCUCAGUAGAGAUACUGAAGACAGUGUGGAGGAGGAGGAGGAGGCUGAUCUCAGUAGAGACACUGAAGACAGUAUGGAGGAGGAGGAGGAGGAGGCUGAUCUCAGUAGAGAUACUGAAGACAGUAUGGAGGAGGAGGAGGAGGAGGAGGCUGAUCUCAGUAGAGAUACUGAAGACAGUAUGGAGGAGGAGGAGGAGGCUGAUCACAGUAGAGAUACUGAAGACAGUAUGGAGGAGGAGGAGGAGGAGGCUGAUCUCAGUAGAGAUACUGAAGACAGUGUGGAGGAGGAGGAGGAGGAGGCUGAUCACAGUAGAGAUACUGAAGACAGUAUGGAGGAGGAGGAGGCUGAUCACAGUAGAGAUACUGAUGGUGGUGGAGGAGGAGGAGGCUGAUCACAGUAGAGAUACUGACGGUGGAGGAGGAGGAGGAGGAGGAGGCUGAUCACAGUAGAGAUACUGAAGACAGUGAGGAGGAGGAGGAGGAGGAGGAGGAGGAGGCUGAUCUCUCUCUCUGUUCGUCGUUCAUGUCAUCUCUGUCUGCUGUCAGUAGUGAGUCUGUAACGACCUCCAAGAUGAAUAACCUGCCACACCACCUCUGCAUCGCCCUGCGUCACGAUAAUGAGGGGUGGCCACCGUCGUGGCGAAGGAGACUGUUUACACGGCAGAACCUCAAAGGCCAUUAGGUGUUGUUAGAGACAACCGUGGCGGGGCCAUAGGAGUGGGGGUGCGAUGGUGGAGGCACGCGUGUGUGUGUGUGUGUGCCUGUGUGUGUGUGUGUGUGUGUGUGUGUGUGUGUGUGUGUGUGUGUGUGUGUGUGUGUGUGUGUGUGUGUGUGUACACUUGCCAUUCUCUUGUGUGCAAAAGUAACGCAAAGACGUUUAACAAAACCAGAGGUCACACGGUCGUCUUCCCAUUUGUGAUAUCUGUUGUCAGUACUGUUACAAUGGUGGCCAAUAGCGUGAGAGUCAAAACGCAACUGUUUCCCAAACAGAUGAAACACAUGUUUUAAAGUUUACAUGAGCCGAGUCCCAAACAGCACCUUAUUCCCUAUGUAGUGCACUACCCGGGCACCGGGUCAGAAGUAGCGCCCUAUGUAGGGGUUAGGGUGCCAUAGCAACAGCGUUCCAUUCAUUGGGGGAAACCUCCAGGCUAAGAUUCUACUGGUGUCUUUCUUUCAUAUUCACAGGAAGAUGAUUUUGGCAGCCUGUACUCACUGACCCUGUCCUCCAGAUUCAACUGGAACUAUGACACAUUCUGAUUCCGAGCUUGAAUUUACAAGUGCAUUUCACAGAUUUGUCAUUUUGGUUUAAAUAAAUGGAGAUCUUUUUUUUUAAGAGGGUAUAUUUAAGGAGUCGUGAUAAGGGAAUCUGUUUGUUUAGAUUGGAUUAUGUUGUGUGAGAGGCGUUCUCUAUCAUUGCCAAGCCUCUGUUGUGAAACAGUCACGGGGACUGAGAAACUGUCGUCCAUCUUGGCUCCAACUCUGUGUGGGUGGAGCCAAUCGGGUACAGAGAGACCAAGGAGUCCAUUGGCCACCUGUCACCACCACAGAGAAGUCUCUCUCUCUCUCUCUCUCUCUGUCUCUCUCUGUCUCUCUCUCUCUCUCUCUCUCUCUGUCUCUCUCUCUCUCUCUCUCUCUGUCUCUCUCUGUCUCUCUCUCUCUCUGUCUCUCUGUCUCUCUCUGUCUCUCUGUCUCUCCCUGUCUCUCUCUCUGUCUCUCUCUCUGUCUCUCUCUCUGUCUCUCUCUGUCUCGCUCUCUCUCUCUGUCUCUCCCUGUCUCUCUCUCUCUCUCUCUCUCUCUGUCUCUCUCUCUGUCUCUGUAGGUCUACCAUAACUCCUCCUCCUGUAGGUCUACCAUAACUCCUCCUCCUGUAGGUCUACCAUAACUCCUCCUCCUGUAGGUCUACCAUAACUCCUCCUCUCCUCCUCCUGUAGGUCUACCAUAACUCCUCUUCCUGUAGGUCUACCAUAACUCCUCCUCCUCCUCCUGUAGGUCUACCAUAACUCCUCCUCCUGUAGGUCUACCAUAACUCCUCCUCCUGUAGGUCUACCAUAACUCCUCCUCCUCCUGUAGGUCUCUUACCGUCCCUGCAGUGUCCAGAAUUUCCAGCAUACACUGCUGCCCGUCCACCUCCACUUG